AUGGGACAAAAUUUUCUAAAAGGAAGAGGGUUAACCAGCCAGAAGCAGCAUAGGAAAAACGACUGUUAUCAGCUGAACAGGUUUCCUUGCUCAUUCCAAGGAGCGCAGCACUACUGCCAUAGUCAGGGGGGGCAGCUGAUAUCUGCAUGGAACCAGGACAUUCAAGAUCAUCUCAAAGAUUACCUGGAAGAAGGAAAGAAGUGGUGGAUUGAGCCAAAUUCAGAUCCAUUGAUAAAGCGGAAGAGAAAAGAUGACCCAGUAGCCUCUGCCAAGCUCUUCACAAGAUCUGGGCUUUCCCCUUCUACCAGCUGUACAUAUGUGAUCAGAAAUCUGGAUAAAGUUUCAUCCAAAGUGGACCUUUGUUCAAAAGAACAUUUUUUCAUUUGUCAGGGUGAUCAUCUUUUAUCCAGAUGUCACCAGUUCACUGACAUUUAUCAAUCAGAAAUCCUGUGCCAAGAAAUGUCCAAUAAUACCCUGGUUUCAUCAAUAAUGCCCCAAAACACAAAGCAGGGUCUACUGGCAACAUCCCCACCUGAAAAGACUGUGUCCAUAGUAUCUGCAGUCUCCGAAGAACCACCAGACUUGGACGUCUUGACAACUGAUCUCCAGGAAUCUUUUCACAAUGCAUCUUAUCAGAUCAUAACAGAAGAUUUUAACAAAUCAAUUCAUGACUUGCCUUUGGUCCAAAAACUGCAGAGAGCUUGUGAGAUCCUCCAGAUGCUGACACAGUUUGCCUCACAGUUCUCUUCACAGUUUUCCAUGACAGCCCAGGUUACUGGACUAGCUUUUAAUCCCUUCAAGAAUUUUGAUCAACGGGAUAUUGUUGGAAGUAUUGCGAACGUCCUUCUCACUGCUAAUCAUAAAUCUCUCCAAGUUCAAGAUCUCUUAGAAGAAGCAGAGGUCAUACUUUGGAGAGAUAGCAGCAUAGAAAACUAUCCUACCAGCUUCAACAUGAGUACAAACUGCUUUGAGAUCAUAAUAAACAUCACUUCCCUAGAGGAAUCUCUGGUAGUCUCAGUAGAGCCUGAAAAUCCUCUUUCCAUCACACUCUACCUUGGCUUCCAGUAUCAACCUAAUAUCACUCAUUUUUAUUUGAACAUCACACUCCCAAAGGACCAGCUGCAGGAGAAAGAUGAGAUGUACACAUGGGUGCUUUCUCCAGAAAGCCUGCAACAUGGAGCAGGUACCUACUAUAUAACAGCUGUGGUGAACAGAAGCGAGACGGACCCAAAGGCGACACCCCUGGGAUUCUCAGUCACCACGGCUACCACUCAGUGUUACUUCUGGGACCACCACAAUAAGACAUGGAAGAGUGAUGGCUGCCAAGCGGGGCCUCAGAGCAGCCUGGCCAAGACUCAGUGCUUCUCCGACCAGCUCGAGUUCUUGGGCAGUUCCUGGAAAUCCCUGCCCAGGACGGUGCAUGUCCGCGACACCGUCCAGCUCUUCAGUAGGGUGACCCACAAUCCUAUUGGGGUGUCCUUGCUGGCCGGCCUUUUGGGAUUUUAUAUCCUUUUCGCUGCGUGGGCCUGGAGAAAGGAUAGGGAGGACAGGAAGAAGAUGAAAGUCACCAUCCUGGCAGACAACUGUCCCAACUCUCAAUCUCACUACCUCAUUCAAGUCUUUACUGGGUUUCGUAGAAGGGCAGCUACAACAGCCAAGGUUGUUCUCAUCCUUUAUGGGUCAGAAGGACGGAGUGAUCCUCACCACCUGAGUGACCCUCAGAAAGUCGUCUUUGAACGGGGGGCACAAGAUGUCUUCCUUCUCACCACCAGAUCCCCACUAGGGGAGUUGCAUAGCAUCCGACUCUGGCAUGACAAUUCUGGCACCAGCCCAUCCUGGUAUGUAACCCAAGUAAUUGUCAGUGAUUUAACCACAAGGAAGAAGUGGUAUUUCCUAUGUAACUGUUGGCUGGCCACUGACCUGGGCGACUGCCAAAAGGACCAAGUUUUCACAGCAAUCUCAAAGAAAGAACUCUUUUCCUUUAGAAAUUUGUAUUCCUCCAUGAUUGUAGAAAAAUUCACACAAGAGCACCUGUGGCUGUCAAUGGUGACCUGCAGCCCCUGGAACCAGGUCACAAGGGUCCAAAGACUUUCUUGUUGCAUGACCCUUCUUAUUUGUAACAUGGUUAUCAACAUCAUGUUUUGGAAACUGAGGAGCACCAAGGAGGACAGGACUGGACAGGAAAGGGUUGGACCUUUUGCUGUGACCUGGUCUGAAUUGUUCAUCAGCAUCCAUACUGCUUCCAUCCUCUUCCCAAUCAAUCUUGUCAUUGGGAGAAUCUUCCCACUGAUUCUGCCACCGGAGAAACUUCCACCUCAUCUCUUUCCCCUUGAGGCCUCGUUCACCUCAGACACAUCUUUUGGGUCUGUAACUACUCCAAAAAUAAUUGAGGAGUUAAAGGAAACAGUGGGAUUUUUGCACAUGAAAAAUGCAAGCUUGCCUACACAGUGGGAAGGCUCCAGCUGGAGUUCUGACAGUGUUACAGAACUCAUCAAAAUGCUGUCAAGCCUCAUUCGUUGUCAUCUAGAAAGGCAAGGAGAUCAGUGGCAGCAGACAGGGUCACAUCUUGAAAAUGAAGUUCCAGAAAAUCUCCGCAAUUUAAAUCAUUACCUGCUUAAAGUCCUGGAAAGACUGCAAUUUCUGUGCAGUACACUUUUGGCAAGCCCAACCAGAAAGGCCCCCGAUGUCCUGUACUCCGAUCCUUCCUGCCUGUUUCCUACUUUCCUCUUUCUAUAUCAUUUAAUGCAAGAUUCUUGCCCUCAAUCUCUUCUCUUUAGUGAAAUCACAAGUUUCCCUAUGCUGGACUCAGAGGAAGAGAGGCCUGCCAUCUUGAACUCCCUGCCCAAAUGGUCCAUUUAUAUCUGUUGGCUCCUUCUGGGUGUUACAAGCCUAGUUUCUGCCUUUUUCACAGCUCUUUAUAGCCUAGAUCUGAACAGAGAUCAAGCGACCAGCUGGGUCAUUUCAAUGGUACUGUCAGUCCUCCAAAAUAUCUUCAUAAUCCAGCCAGUGAAAGUGAUGAUACUCACACUGUUUUUAUCACUGUUGAUGACAAGGUUAUCAUGGCACAACAAAGAGAAGGACCAACAGAUGAGACGGAUCUUGGCUCUCCUAGCAAGAUGUCCCUCUUUGUCACCACCUGGUUUAAGAGAUGAGAACAACCCCAUCUACAGGGCCCCUGCCAUAAACUGCCCAGUUAAAGCUCCAGAAAGAACAAGGAAAGAGAAACAACUGUUCCGAAUGACAAGAGAAAUUUGUGUACAAAUCCUCUUCCUUGUUGUGCUGAUGAUUUCCACUUAUUCAGAAAGGAAUUACAAUAGUUUUUACCUCAAUCAAGCCAUCCGAAAGAGAAUUAAUAACCACUUUGAAGAGAUCAAGCUUAUUAAGCACUUCUACCAAUGGACUAACAACACCCUCAUUCCUAACCUAUAUGGGGAUUACAGAGGUUUUAUUGCUGAUGGAAAUUCCUUCCUUGUAAGUGAUGUCCAAAUUCGCCAGAUCCGUAUUCCUGAUAUUGUACCCUUUCCAAAUAGAAUUUCUCCCAGCGAACAAGUGAAGUCCUAUUAUCAACAUCAUGAGGAAGAUCAAAAGAAUUAUGGAGUUAACUGGGCCCCUCUUGAUCUGAAUAGCACAAAAGACAGCAUUUGGUAUUAUCAGAGUGAGGAAGCCUUGGGUGGAUAUCCUAUCCAAGGACAGUUUGCUAUCUACUCAGGAGGAGGCUAUGUUGUUGCCCUUGGGAACAGCUCUGAGGAUGCUAAGAGAAUUCUUCAACACCUGAAGCAGAGGCACUGGCUAGAUAAACGCACUAGAACUCUCUUUGUGGCAUUUGUUGUCUAUAAUGCUAAUGUGAACCUCUUCUGCGUGGUGACCCUGAUCCUGGAGUCCAAUGGUGUGGGAGUUUUCUUCAGUUCUAUCAAAGUGAACAGUUUACAGAUCACUCAGACCCAGAAAAAUUUCAUCUGCUUCAGUGCCUUAAGCAUUAUCUAUUUUGUGCUUCUCUUUUAUUAUACCUUCGUACAGGGUAAUCGGCUAAAACAACAAGGGUGGAAAUAUUUCACCAAGAAAAGCAAUGCCCUGGACACAUGCAUAAUCUUCAUAAGCUUCAUAAUGAUGGCACUCCAAUUGAAGCGUGUUUUCUUGCAUAAAACAUGUAUGCAGCAAUACCGUCAUAAUAAAAGCAGAUUCACCAACCUCCAGGAAAUUGUACAAGUGACCGCAGCUCUCACUUACCUCAUUGGCUUCCUGAUCUUGUUGACAACCAUUCGGCUCUGGAGCCUAUUGCGACUCAACCCCAGACUCCAUGUUAUCAGCACAACAUUGAAGAGAGCUUGGGAUGAAGUGUUUGGCUUCUUGCUGAUUAUUCUGAUCCUGUUAACAGGCUACUCCAUCGCUUUCAACAUUCUCUUUGGAUGGAGCAUCUCUGACUAUAGAACCUUUUCCAAUUCAGCUGUAACUAUUGUUGGUCUUCUGAUGGGGAUCUUUGAUUCUUGUGAGGUUAUCACCUUAGACCCAGUCCUGGGCUCCUUUCUGAUCAUCACCAGUGUCAUUCUGUUAGUGCUUGUGAUCAUUAAUCUUUUUGUUUCUGCAAUUCUGCUGACCUUCUGCAAGGAGAGAAAGUCCAUUAUGAAAGAAGCACCACUUACAGAAAUUCUGCUGCAAAAACUCUCCAAUUUGUUAGGAAUACAGAGGCCUCAAAAGGCAGCACUGCCAGAGCAAACAGUCCCAAUAGCAGCAGGCACCAACAUGGAAGCUUUAGAGAAUGAACCAACUUGACUUUUUUGUUCCCUAUCCUUGGAUUUCCUAUCAUGACUGAUUAAUGUUAAGCAUACUGGUGGUAUUAUUUUUGCAUGGCAUGGCCUGGGGAAUGACAGAUGUAUGUACCCUUUCUUAUUUUCAACUUAACUGUUAGAUUAAAUGAAUAAAGUCACCUCAGCACUAUGUUCCAUUUACAUGGAGUCAGGUAUUUGUUGGGGCACUGACAUGGUAGAUUCCUUUCUGAGGUGCAUGUGGGCAAAGGCCCUAGAUGGAACAAUCUCAUAGUACUGUCAGUCCCACUGCCAGUGAGGUAGAGAAGGUUAGUAGAACCACCCAGCACUCACUCUUAGAAUCCUACUGUCCACAUAUACAAAGUGAUGAUGGUGGUAAAUAUGUCAGUCAAAAUGAUGCCAAGAAAUGAUCUUACUAUCAAAUGGAUUUUUUUUUCUGCAAGACAAAGGCACUAAUAGGAGGUCCAGUUUAUUCUGAACCUAAGAAAUAAUUCGGUUAUUAUUUAUGAUUAAAUAUGACACCCCAAACUAUUUAAACAUUUAAAAUAAGUAAAAGCUAAAGGUCUACAGAACUGGCAUUAGAACUGCCUGGUGUGCUUCCACAGGUCGCUU